AUGUUUUCAUUUUAUUUCUUGCUUUUUCUAUUUCUAAUUCAUUCCUUCUUCAUUGGGAAUUUUUCUUUUCAUUUCAAUUUCAUCUUUUUCAUUAACCCAUUUUUCCAUUUUUUUCUAUUUUUUCUCUCUUUUUUUUCUUUGUCUUAUUUUCUUUUUUUUUUACUUUUAUUCAUCUUUUAUCAUUUCACUUCUAAUGUAUCCAUUUUAUAUCACUUGCUUUCUUUUCUUCAUUCUUCAUUUCACUCAUAUUUAUUUUUCUCCUUCCUUUUUCUUUUUACCAUUAAUUUUCUUCAUUUAACUUUUCCAUUUUUAUUCUUUCUAGAAUUGAUCCAUUUGUUUUCUUUCUCUCUCAUUUCUCUUUACUCAGCUCAUUCUUGCUUUCUUUUUCAUUUGUUACUUCUCUUGCUUUCAUUUUCUUUCCCUUUUUUAAUUUUCCACUCAAAUCAACUUGUAUCUAUUGUAUUUAUUAUCUAUUUUCUGUGUUCUUUCUAUUCUGCCUUCAUUUAUUUCAUUCUUCUUUAUUUUAGCUUUAUUUUUUUUCCUUUUUCAUUUUUUCAUUUUUAUGUAUGCCUAAUUUUAUUUUUCUUUCCAUUUUUUUUAAUAUUUUCUUCUUUUUUUCAUUCAUAUAAUUUGCUGUUAUCUUUCAAUCCUCUAAUAGUUUUCAUUCUUACUUUCUCUUUCUUUUUUUCUUUUUUUCUGACUCCAUCUUAG